AAAAAGUAUGAGUAGAAAUAUGGAAACAAACAAGAGUCAAAACGGGGCUCACGCCCAGCAAGCAGCUAUCGUAGCAAGCGCUGAGAUGAAGAGGGCACAAGCGCUGGAACACCUUGAUAAGCUUACUAGAGAGCUGCAUGAGUUUGUUAAGUCUAAAGUCAACAUCCACAAAGAGAUCAAGACGAAGACAACCGGUGUAGUCAACGCCCUUCAAAGGUUCAGAACACUUGAUGACGGAUGGCAGGCACAACAACGGCAAACUCCCAAUGUCACACCGAAGAAGAGCAGACAACCUGCCGCAGACACCGUCGAAGAGAUGGACACCGGUGCCGAAGGCGAUGGUGAAUCUCUAACAGAAGACAGAAGCGACACUGGUGUCAGGUCUGGGAAGAGGAAAGACCGUAACUCUCCUGACCCAACGGUCAACCAAGUAAUGAAGAAAAAGGACACAAAACCAAGUCCUCCGAAAGAAGUGGCGGCACGGAGUGCCAAAAAUAAGGAGGUCGACGCGUGGCAAAAAGUAGAAUCGAAGAAGAGAAGGCCGGAGCAGGAUCACCUCCCAAAGCAAUUGCCGAAGGAGCCACGACCGGAACUUAAGCGGAAAAAAUCGCGCAAAUGGAUCAGACCUGACGCGCUGAUAAUCCGCCCUGCCGAAAAAGAGAAGUAUUCCGAGAUAUUGCGCCGCAUAAAGCGUGAUGUCCCAGCAGACCAGGUUCGAAAUACCGUCGAGAAGGACCAUCACAGGAAUUCUUCAAGACGAUGCUAAGGUAGUCUGUAAAGGUCCACAGGAGACCAUUGAGAUUCGAGACAUCGACGAAGAAACGACGAAGGAAGAGAUCCAGGCCGCCCUGAAAGAGGAAGUUGGAAAAGAUCAUGAGAUACCUCUAGAAGGAAUAAAAAUCCGUAAGGCUUUCAGAGGUACGCAGACGGCUGCAGUCACUUUACCUAUGACCAUCGCGCGAAAAUUAGUGGAAGGAACCGGCAAGAUCCAUGU